CCGGUCGAGGAGACUGUUUCGUGAGUCGUUUGCACUGGGCAGGAUGCGACGAUGAAACAAACCGUGGGAACGUGAUGGCCCAGCUGGACCUGGUCAAACGGAUUUAGUCGCGCCGCUGCGAGCCGGUGGCCAGAUACGUCUCGACAGCGCGAUUCUAUCCUCCUCCCUGUUCUCUUCUCCAUUGCUCUCCGCCCUCGCAGCCGAUACCACUCCGUUUCCAGAUUGUUGACAUUGUAACCAUUCCUGCCCCAGCACACACUUGAGGUAACACUAUUCCCUGCUUCAACCGUUUACUGUGAUUUCUGAUCACUUAUCGCGUCUAAUUCCCUCUACCGCCCUGUCGCCUACCUUGGCUCCUCCAUCAUCCGGCUUUCGGACGUGCCUUGCCUCUGCUCCAUCGCCCACCUCCCCCAGUUCGACCAUAGACAGACUGGAGAAUUUCCACAAUGCAGGCCAUUAAGUGCGUCGUCGUAGGAGAUGGUGCAGUCGGCAAGACAUGUCUGCUCAUUUCGUACACCACGAACGCCUUCCCGGGCGAAUAUAUCCCUACCGUGUUCGACAAUUACUCGGCCAAUGUGAUGGUCGACGGUAAGACGAUCUCGCUUGGUCUGUGGGAUACAGCUGGGCAGGAAGAUUACGACCGUCUCCGGCCGCUCUCAUACCCCCAAACGGAUGUGUUCCUCAUCUGCUUCUCUCUGGUCAGCCCUCCUAGUUACGAGAACGUGCGGACCAAGUGGUACCCUGAAAUCUCGCAUCACGCGCCGUCCACGUCAAUCGUCCUGGUUGGUACGAAGCUCGAUCUUCGCGAGGAUCCCGGCACCAUUGAGAAGCUGAGGGAGCGUCGCAUGGCGCCCAUACAAUACGCGCAGGGCGUGGCUAUGGCGAGAGACAUUGGAGCCGUGAAAUACCUUGAAUGUUCCGCGCUGACGCAGAAGGGUCUCAAGACCGUCUUCGAUGAGGCCAUCCGCGCUGUUCUCAACCCUCCUCCGCAGCCCAAGAAGAAGGCAGACAAGAAGGGGUGCAUCAUCGUUUAAUGCACGUCACAUUUCACACGCCUCGGACUCGGGAACCGCUGCAGCGCGUUUCUCUGCCAUCUGCACGAAUAUACACCCACAUUUACGACUGCGCUGCAUGCUCCUCGUCCGUUUCUCGGCCUACCCUUCGUUCGCAGACUUGCAGGGUGUUAUGGCAGUUGGGUUGCCUUUGGCGAUUAGGGACCCUGGCGUCGGCUUCUCGGU